UAUGGGGCUCGUAAAGAGCCCGCUGUUGCUGGACCACAAUCACAAACGGUUCCACUGAAUCAACAGCACCAUAGCAACAACACUUCCAGUACCAACAACAACAACAAUAAUAGCAACAACACCAACAACAACAACAACAGUAGCAACGUUGGCAGUAAUAACAGUAGUAAUAAUGGUGGUGGUGCCUCGAACGCGACCACCGCGUCCAGUCUCGGAUUGGACGCGAUGAGUUCGUUUCAGGCAUCACCGUUCGGCAACAACCUUGGGAAUCUUCUCCAACAACAGCAAAGCCAGCAACAGCAGCAGCAACAACAACAGCACCUACUGCAGCAGCAACAACAGCAGCAGCAGCUUCACAACCAGCAACAACACCACCUGCAACAGCAGCAGCAAAACCACCACCAGCAAUCCGCCAUGAUGAACAACGCGGCGCUAAUGCAACAUCAGCAGCAACAGCAGCAGCAACAACAGCAGCAACAGCAUCUACAUCAUCAUCAGCAGCAGCAGCACCACCAACUUCAGCAACAACAGCUUCAGCAGCAGCAACACCAGCACCAGCAGCAAUCCCUCAGUACCGGUGGUGGUGGACAUCACCAUAGCCUAACGGCGGCCCAAAGUGCCGCCAUGAUGUCGCAGCGCAACCCGUUCGGAUUUGAUUUCAAUCACUUCCAAAGCAACUACUAA